AGUGCUGAAAACAAAAGAUGGGAUCAGGAGCCAGUACCUUAACUCCACCAUCCUCCCCAGAACCUGAAAGUCCUGUAACAGUAAGAAGACGUGCACGUUCAUCUCAAGCAGUCAACCAGAACAACAGGCAUUUGAUAAGAACAAAUGAAGUAGCUCCGAUCAUCAUUCAUAACUGUAGAGAAGAAUUUCAGCAUGUCUCUGACUUUAAAGAGCCUAUUGUGUUUGGGAGUAUUGCUGAUAAUAUGCCAGAACAUGCCCUUAUAAAGGGUAAAUAUUUCUUGGUAAAAGAUAUUCCACAGAAAACAGACAGAAAAUAUGAGUUUUACAGGGCUCCAAACUUCAGAAAAGCAUGCCCUCAUUUGCCUGUAUGGGCAUGUGGUCAACCAACAGAACGAGGUCUGUCAACUAUACUGGAUAGUUUGUCUAAUGAGGGUUUCACUGACAUUUUGUUAUUCAAUCUGAGAGAAGAACCUGUAUUAUUUGUUGACUCUGGCUCAGACAUGCUACCAUAUACCAUUCGAGACCGGGAUACCUUAGAAAGCCUUGUCUUACUUGGAAGAAGUCCACAGGAGGCAGAUGAAGCAGAAGCCAGAGUUAGAAAAGAGGUGAUAGAUCUAGCCAUCUUGAAUGAUAAAAACAAAUUUUAUUUCUAUGGGGAUAUAGAAAAUCCACAGAAAGAGCUUAGAGAGCUUACAGUUCAGUAUGAGGAUAAUUUACUGGUUUCCGAGGAAGUGUAUUCCAGACACAUGUUGUGCUCACACAGUGUCAGAUUUAAAAGAUUAUGCUUUCCAUUAGAAGCUUCUCCGACAGAUGAAGAUAUUGAUGACUUUUUGAAUGUAUUUAAGGAAUGUCCAAAGUUUUUUGAGAAAUCCAAAUCAUGUAAUCCAGGUUUGCUGUUUACCUGUAAUUCUGGUCAGGACAGGGCUACAGUUGGAUCUAUUAUGGGAUGUCUUGUGCUUGCACAAAAAUAUGGCUUCCCUCAGGAUCUAAAUAGAUCUCCACAUCAAUCAUCAAAGAAAUUUAACAGUUUACAGAAAGGGGACUACUACUCUGUCCGAAAACUUGUCAGAAUAAUUCCUAAUGGUGUCCAUAUCAAAAACCAGGUUGAUCAGCUGAUUGACCACUGUUCAGAAUACUGUCAUCUCAGAAUUCUCAUAUAUGAUCUUGUACAGAAGCUGGAGAGAAUAGAAAGGAAUGGCUCUCAAAAAACAAAUGAUUUGAUAGACAGAUUGUUUACAAGGUGUUGUCAUUUGUUAGAGAGAUAUGUGUUUCUUAUAUGUUUCAAUGCAUACUUAACAGAACAGUUUCCACAGUGGUUCUCUUUGAGUUUUAGCCAAUGGAUGCAAAGACAACCCGGAUUGACAAGAAUACGUGGAAAUGUUGGCUGUCCAGAUAUACAAGUACCUGUUGAUUUAUUAUUUACUGGACAACAUUAUCUGGUGGCAGAUGAAUACAUUGGUUUAGAUGUAUUAAGUACUCAGUCAGAUGUUAUGGUCUCAAACUUCAGACGGAUAAAUAUUAAAGGCUUUCCCAUCUAUGGAAUGGCACAACCAGCCAGACAUGGAGUGACAAAAGUAACAAACCACCUUUUAAGUAGGAAAGUAGGUCACACUUUCUUAGUUUUGAUUAACCUGAGAAAUGAUUGCUCCAUAGAACUAGAUGGUAAUACCUACAGCAUCAGAGACUCAGUAUGGCUAGAGGAACCAAUUACACAUCCACUAUUACAUAGUCAAGAAUUAGAGGAAAUAGGGGAAGAAAUAAAGAAAGCCAUUAAAACACAUAGAUCAGUUGAGGUUUACCAUGAGUUAUCUGAGCCGUCAGAGGUCAUUGAGGUCAGUAGUAUAUUGACCCCACAAGAGCUGGCAUUACAACAGAAAUUACAGACGUUAGAUAUGCAGUACUACCGAGUACCUCUGACCCAUGAUACAACACCCUGUGAACAGGACUUUGAUGACAUAUCAUCUGUGAUCUGUGAGCAUUGUUUAAAGAACCAACCAAUCAACAACACAGCUUUUUUGUUUUACUGCAGGACAGGCAAAAAUAGAACGACACUAGCUAUGGCUAUAGCUGGUUUAAUUAUGUGUCAUAUACAGGGGUUUCCAAAAGGAGCUAAUAUCGGUGAACAAGAAAGAGUUUCCUGUCCGAAUGCACAGUAUACAAAAGGAGAUUUUAUGAUUGUACAAAAACUGGUUAGACUAUUACCAAAAGGCCAACAAAUAAAACGAGAGGUUGACUUUAUUCUUGAUGAAAUAUUUGAAACGAUGUCACCUAUGCAUUUCCAUAUAAGAGAGGUUAUAUUUGUGAUAUAUAACAAGAUCAAAAAUGCCAAGAAUGAUGAAGACAAACAACACUUGAAACAACAGAGUAUAGAUGCCCUGGAAAGAUAUCUGUAUCUAAUAAUGUUCAAUGCUUAUCUUCAUCAUGAUAAGAAAAUACAGUGGUCUAGAUCCUUCAGUGAAUGGAUGAAAAAGGUUGCUGUGAAAAUUGGGGUUUAUCAGUUACUUGACAAUUUGGGUUUCUAUGACUUUGAGAAAGUCCCUACAUCAUUUAAGACAAUGAAAGAGCGAUGGAGUAAUCGUGGACAGAAUUUACCAUUUCAGGGGUCAUUCGUCUAGGUGAUCAUAUUUCCUGGAAAUAUAAAUAAUGACAGAAUUUAUGAAGUGAAGAUAUUAUAAUUAUGUGAUAUUAAAUUAAUGCAGUUUGUGAUUUUAUAAGAUAUGUUUAUCAAAAUGAAAGUUUUCAAACAAUUGUUAUGACAUCCCUAGUUUACCUUGUACAUACUACUGGUUAAUGGAUACAAGAUUAAUUGCAUGUUCCGUCAAAUGGUUAUAUUGUGAACCUCAAGAAGACAUUUUAUAUGAAUUUGAAAGGAUAAGAUAUACUUUUCUCUUUACCAGAAUCCUCCCUCAUCAGUAAAAUAAAUUUCUCUUUUACAGUU